GCAGGGCGAGGGGCCGGGGGCGGGGCGAUGGGCCGGGGCGGGGCGGGGGGCGGGGCCGGGAAGCGAAAGCGAAAGCGUUGGGGGCCGAUGGCAGCGCUGGGGCUGGUGCUGGCGGGGCUCUGCCUGGCGGUGGGGGGAGGGGCGGACGUGGGGCGCCCCCCGCGGCCCCUCCCCCCCCUGCGCUGCACCCUGCUGGGGGCCGAGGGGGGAGGGGUGCUGCCGGGGGCCCUGAGCGCGCGCCCCGCCCUGCUGCGCCUGCGGGGGGGCGCCGACCCCCCCCCGGACCCCGACCCCCACCCUGAUGACGUCAUCUUCGAUGUCACCGACCCCUGGGACACCCUGGCCGAGGCUUGGGGCACCCCCGAGUCGCCCCCCAAGUGCGAGCUGAGCCCCACGGUGCCGGCGUCCACCCCCCCCCGCUGGGCCCCCGCCCUCGUGCCCGACGCCCGCAGCCCCCCCACCCUGGGGGGCGCCUGGUGGGUGGUGACGCUGGGGACCCCCAGCUACGGCGUCACCGCCCUGCUGCAGGGCCGGCCACGCCCCGGCCACGCCCCGGCCACGCCCGUCACGCCUGUCAACGUGACCCUGGCCGUGUUCUCCCCCGCCCCGGCGCUGGGGGCCCCCCCGGGGGCGCCCCUGGAGCUGCCCUGCGCCUUCGCGGCCCCGCCCGGCCCCUUCGCCCUCGAGUGGCGCCACCAGCACCGCGGGCGCGGCCGCCGCCUCCUGGCCUACGACGCCGCCGCCGGCCGCGCCCCGCUGGCCACGCCCGGGGCGGAGCUGCUGCUGGGCGGGGCGCCGGGCGGGGCCGUCCGCGCCGUCACGCUGCGCCUCGCCCCCCUGGCCGUCGCCCACCGCGGCACCUUCGUCUGCUCCGUCUUCCUCCCCCACGGCCACGCCCAGCAGCUCCUGCACGUCAGCGUCCUGGCGCCCCCCACGGUGACGCUGAGCCCCAGCCCGCUGGUGGUGGCGCCGGGGGCGGCGGCCGAGGUGCGCUGCGACGCCGCCGCCUUCUUCCCGCUGGACGUGACGGUGCGGUGGUGGCGCCGGGCGGCCUCGUCACCGCCGGCCUCGUCACCGCGGGACGCCCUGGCGGGGACGUGGAGCUCGGGCCACCGGCGCCGCCCCGACGGCACCUACAGCCGCAGCACCGGCGCCCGCCUGGGCCCCGCCCGCCUCCGGCACCACGGCGACGUCGUCACCUGCGAGGUCACCCACCGCGCCCUGGCGGCCCCCCGGCGCCUGGCGCUGCGGCUGCGCGUGGCCGGCGCGGAGGGGCCGGGGACGGAGGACGCGGUGGCGCUUUUCCUGGUGGCCUUUGUGCUGGGCGGGCUCUGGCGCGGCCUGCGCCCGGACCAGCAGCACAAGAGCUCGGCCUGACGACGACGUUGGAGCCCCCGGAGCCAAUAAACCAGUGCUUGGCCCAGGCAGUGCUGGUGGUGCUGGUGUGUCCCCAGUGCUCCC